CCGCCCCUGAGGCGGGGCUGCCCCGCCAUUUUAGGGGCGUCCCUAUCGCCUUUCCCUGCGGUUUGGUGUGUCUGUUCUUCGGGGAUAACGAGUGCUGUCCUCGCUGUGUGGAGCUGAGGGACGAGGGAGAGGUGCUGGAGUUCCUGUGACCUUGGCUCGCGUUCCGAGGGGACAAUGUCCAGCGUGCCGGUGGCUGUGGUGACAGGGUCCAACAAAGGGAUCGGGCUGGCCAUCGUGCGGGCGCUGUGCCAGCAGUUCCCGGGGGAUGUGUACCUGACCUCCCGCGAUCCCGGCCGUGGCCAGGCUGCCGUGGCACAGCUCCAGCAGGAGGGGCUGCGGGCGCUCUUCCACCAGCUGGACAUCGACGACCUGCAGAGCAUCCGAGCGCUGCGGGACUUCCUGAAGGAGAAGUAUGGAGGGCUCAAUGUGCUGGUGAACAACGCUGGCAUCGCUUUCAAAGUUAAUGACACCACUCCAUUUGCAGUCCAAGCUGAGGUUACAAUGAAGACAAACUUCUUUGGAACCAGGAAUGUUUGCACAGAAUUGCUGCCUCUUAUGAAGCCUUAUGGUCGGGUGGUGAAUGUGUCCAGCAUGGUGAGCAGCAGAGCCCUGGGAGGCUGCAGCCAGGAGCUGCAGCAGAAAUUCCGCAGUGACACCAUCACCGAGGAGGAGCUGGUGCAGCUCAUGACCAAAUUCGUGGAAGACACCAAGAAAAGCAUCCACCAGAAGGAGGGCUGGCCAAACACUGCCUAUGGGGUGUCCAAAAUCGGGGUCACUGUCUUGUCCAGGAUCCAAGCCCGGCUGUUGAACGAGCAGAGGAAAGGGGACCACAUCCUCCUCAAUGCCUGCUGCCCCGGCUGGGUGAGGACAGACAUGGCAGGGCCCAAGGCCACCAAGUCCCCAGAGGAGGGGGCUGAGACCCCCGUUUAUUUGGCCCUUUUGCCUUCCUCUGCUGAUGCUCCUCAUGGCCAGUUUGUCAGUGACAAAACUGUCAGACCCUGGUGAGCUCAGGGGUGGGCCUGAGCUCGUUUUCCUGAUCCCAAUUCCAGCAUUGCCAGCCCUUUUCCCCCUCCCCUGGGAUGAAUCAUGGACACGGAGCUGGGCUGAGGAAGCAGGUGCCUUAUGUCUCACCACAGCAGGUUUUUUCAGGAUCCAGAGCUGUCCUGGAGGCUGCACAGGGUUUUCUAAAGAGGAUGGGGUUGUUUCAGAGCUGUCUGGGGGGAUCUGUCUGGGGGGAGACUCAAGACCAGAAUCCCUGUUGGACAGACAUUCCUUAUUAUCAGAACUAAAUGGAAUUAGGUGAAAAUAAAAAUAGCACUGAUCCACCUUUUAUGGCCAAACAUAAUCAGUUGGUGUCAUUAAUACAUCAAUAAAUAAUUACUGACUUAUAUUCUGGUACUAAAUGAAUUCUGGUACUAAAAACUUAAUUUCAUUUUCUGCAGUUAAGUUUGUGGCUGGGGUUUGUGAUGUCUGCACUGAAUACAGAGAGAAUAAACUUCAGACCUGUCACAGCA